AAUACUGGCAGAAGCAGGACUCUGUCAGGAUCCCUGUUGAAGGAGCACACUUUACCCUCGAUACAAUCCCAUGGAGACCCUGUCCUUAAGAAAACAAGAUCCUGGGAUUUAUUAAAGGAAAUAUGUGUGUGAUAGAGAAGAUGCCUAAUUCUGGCUAACUAAAGUUGGAGAUUCAAAUAGCCGUGCUUGCUCGUUCAUCUCUGCAGGACCAAGAGACAAAGGAAAUGUGUCUCUUCUCCCAAGGUGAGACAAAGAAGGAAGAAAUGAGGUCAGCAACCCUUAAGAGUAUCAGCCUAGCUCCUGAAAAAAGAGAAAAGAUGAGCGGCUGAGACGCUUAACCUGCACAUUUUUUGAGAGAAAGAGGAAAGGGCAAGAGGACCUCUUGGUGCGCCUUGGUCUCAGGAGUGGAACAGCAGUUGGAUGUCCCAUCACAGAGGAAACUGACUGCAUAAUCUGGAAAUGUCUUACCUUUGGAACAAAUCAUAUAUGGUGGCUGCCCUUUCCAUUAUCUUAUUCACUUCAGUCAUAAUCCAUUCCUACCUCUACAAAGGAGAAACUUCUCCUGUGCCAAUGUUCUGCAGCAGAAAACAUGCCAAUGGUACCAUCACACCCUUAAAAGACAACAGAACCUUUAUCGUUGCUGCAUACCACGACAACAGACAAAAUGGGAUGAAAAUGACACGGGUGAUUGGAAUAGUCCACCACCAUGACACCAAGGGACUUUAUUGCUGGUUCUGCUGCCCAGUCAUUGAUGGACUAUAUGUCUCCCAGGCUGAAAUAGAUGUCCAUCGUGAUAGAUUUGAUUUCCCUUACGGCACUGGAGACUUGAGUUGUCUGGAACCGGAAAAUUGCGAGCCUCGCUAUGUGAUGCUGCAUAGGUCUCCUAAGAGCAAUAUUCACCAGCUCCCAUGGUUUGAAAUAAGAAACCGUGAUGUUGGGGACUCUCGUGUGGAUUUCACCGUCUGUAUCUCAACCAUGUUUGGGGAAUACAACAAUGUCUUGCAGUUUGUGCAGGCUGUGGAGAUGUAUAAAAUCCUUGGAGCGGGGAAAGUAGUGAUCUACAAGAACAGCUGCAGCAAGUUGAUGGCAAAGGUGUUGGACGUCUAUGCAGCAGAAGGGAUUGCCGAAAUAAUCUCCUGGCCAAUUAAUUCGUACCUCAAUGUUUCAUCUCAUUGGCAUCACUCCAAGGAUCAUACAAAAGAUCUUGGAUACUACGGGCAAGUCACCACCUUAAACGACUGCAUCUACCGCAACAUGUACACAUCCAAAUAUUUGCUUCUGAAUGUCGUCGAUGAAGUGAUUCUCCCUGUUCGAUACCCGGACUGGGGAACCAUGAUGAAAGCUCUGCAGAAAAAAAGCCCAGAGGCUGGUGUAUUCCUCUUUGAGAACCAUAUCUUCCCUAAAACUGUAUUCACCCCCACCGAUCCAUUCAAUAUCUCCUCUUGGGACGCAGUGCCUGGGGUCAACAUGUUGCAGCAUGUGAUGCGGGAGCCUGAUAGGAAACACAUUUUUAAUCCCCGGAAAAUGAUAGUUGACCCAAGGAGAGUGGUUCAGACCUCCGUCCACUCUGUUCUCAAGGCAUAUGGGGAGAGCAUUUUCAUUCCAAUGGAUGUGGCCUAUGUGUACCACUGUCGGGCUCCCCUUCAAGAAAAACUGCCUAGGGAAUCCCUGAUCAAGGAUACGACACUCUGGAGAUAUAACAAGUCGCUAGUAACGAAUGUUAACCGAGUUCUGCAACAAGUAACAUUAGAAACAUAAGCUUCUUUAUCCUGAGCAGGGCCGGUGCCAGGCAUGCUUGGGCUCUUGGGCACCAGCCUGCCCUGUGCCUGUGGCACCAUAGCCCAACUCCUCCAAACAGGUGACACGCGCCUCAUAAACUCACCUGCAUGUCCCACCUACCUCUAUCGUUCCUGUAAAUGACAUGCACUCAUGCCUGCCAUCAACCAAGAUCAGCCCCUUAGUGAAGCCUCUGCCGCUAUCUUGGCUGAUGGUAGGCAUGCACAUGCAGCACACAUGCCAUUCAUAGGGAUGGGAGAGGUAAGGGGCGCAUGCAUGAGGGUUUACUGAAGCCCACACUGACUGUAUUGGGGGGAGGUGCCUGGGAGCUCGCUCUCCGCAAUCCCCAGCAGGGUCGGGAGCCGACGUUGCUGCAGAUUGUAGAAUGGGAGCACUACCAUCCCAGCCUAAGGAGGGGGCCCUCAGGGCUUUAGAAGCCCUCGGCCAGGACCCGACCUGGCUGCCUCCUGGCGCCAGCCCUGAUCCUGAGUCAGGCCAUUGGUCCAUCUCGCGCAGUAUUGUCUACCCUGACUGGCAGUGGCUCUCCAGGGUUUCAGGCAGGAGUCCCUCCCAGCCCUGCCUGGAGAUAAUGCCCUUGGGGAAUGAACCUUGGACCUUCUGCAUGCAAGGCAGAAUCUCUACCACCGAACUACAGCCCUUCUCCUAGGACAGUCACAUCCACACCAUGCAUUAUACUAUUUUUGACGGUCAUGGAGAACCUUAGGAGCUGUAGUUUGUUAAGGAUGCUGGGAACUGUAGCUCUGUGAAGUCAGCACCCUUAACAAACUAUAGUUCUCAGAAUUCUCCAUUACAGUGUGGUAUUUGUUUGUGGGUGGGUGCUGACACUUUAAUCCUUGUUUAAUCUUAAACUCUUGUCCAGAUGAGUGAUGUUUUUGCAAUGCGCAAAGGACAGGGAAGGACAGGGAAACAAAGAUGUGAACAGAUUACUUAACCAGCCAUCUAGAGUUUUAGCAAGUUGUUAAGCACUUAAAAUCAAUACUGGACCAGCUCCAUUCAGUUAAUUCUUUUGGGAGGGGAAAUAUUUAAUGAAGAUACUACCGUCUCUUGACUAAAUGAACAUAUGAUAUUUUUAUAGCACUUUUCAUCGUGUAAAAUGUUUCACGAUUCUUGACUACAUGGAAAAAAAAAACCCAGAGAGGGGUGGUUAGGUCAAGAAAAAGUUGUAAACAUUUUGUUUUCAUAAAAUAUUGAACCAACUCAUACUGGAGUCUGGAAUUUAAAGAAAAGAGAAAGGAUGGAAGAGCGGUGACAAUGUUAGAGAAAAGGCAUUAUAUCUGGUAAACAAAAUUAAUACAGAACCACAUAUUCGUAUUUAGGCUCCUUGUCUAAUAAUUGUACCUUAUCUUUUUCUUUCAUUUUAAGUCAUUGUGAUGGAGAUUUGGGAUUGAUGUCUGGGUUGUUGUUUUUUACAAAAUCUUCUGUGAAAUAAAAAGAUUUAUCUGGGUUGCUUUUUAAACACUCUGCAUCUCUUACUUAUUAUUUGUUUAGAAUACUUGAACAAAUAAAAUGUUAAAACCAUCGGCUGCUACAAUAGAAAUGCAACAAACGUUUUGUCCUUUUCAAUGGACAGCUACAUAUACAAAAGAAAACAGAGAAGUAAUGCCCCCUCCCAACAUAUCCCACACAUUAUCACUCUGCAAAAUGGAAAUUUUACCAUUGCCUCCCUCUGAGGCUUGUCCUCCCCAGCUGGCUAGGGCCUUCUCAGCUUGCCACAGCUGCACAAGCCAGCCCCUUCCUUGUCUGCAACUGGGCUCCUUGGGCCUAUGCAGCUUGCCCACGGCUGCACAGGUGGCAGGGCAUGUAACGCCUGAGCCAUUCACUGUGGGGGUGAUCUUUAGCUGGCCCUUGACACCCAGGAGACAUGAGCGGGGAUUUGAACUCACAGACUCUGGCCUCCCAGCCAGGCUCUCCUCCCCACUGUGCUAUACUAGCCGUCUAUCACUCUGCAAUAAGCUAUAAAAAUGUUUAGAAAGACAGCAGAACAGAAGCGCAUGUCUGAGUGUUUUGUUUUCCUUUUUGGAGCUUGGCAUGCAGUUUCUUGGCUGCCAGAGCAAAUUUUGCUACUUGAAUAGUAAUGAAUAUGUCUCUGCCUGCAAACAAAGAACGUAUCUGAUCCAGGAUGGGCCUGACACUAACCUAUUCGCAGCCCCCAAAUGAACGGAAUCAUUCAUGCUUGUCCUCCAUGCAUGCUGCUUUCAGUCUAGAUUGGUUUACGAUCCACAAGAGAUGGUGUGGCUGCUUGAUACACAUUUGAAAACCCUCCCCUCAGUUAGGUUACUGGUACCCUUGCCUCCUUGCACGUGCCCCAAGGUGAAUGAGAAAAGCAAGUGGUGAUUGCAAUCUUGGUAUACACCCACCCACAAUGUCAUUGGGCAGGUGUAGACACAAACAGGAAAAGUAGGUGGCAUCCAAGACUGCAGGAGGAAGAAUAUUUUGUCUUCAAAAUGGUUCUAGAUAGACAUUUUAGAUUUGCCCCUGACGAAGGCCAAGUCCAGAGUGGCCGAAACGCGUUGGGCUUCUUUCCUCUUUAAUAAACCGAUUUGGAUUUCUUAAUCAACCAAUUCUCCUUUUUUGGCAUCUUGCCCCCCCUUCUUCCUCCAGGUGUAGACACACCCUCCAUUGCUGGGACUGCCUACAUCUUUUUUUCAAAUGGACACACUAUGGGGUAAUGCAGAAUCAAUUUCAAUGAGCUUUAUGGAAUUAAAACAGUUUCUCAAUAAGCACUUUUCGGUAGCAAAAAACAAUGCAAAAUAUCUAGAUAGUGUGUGAGCUGCGUAGAAAAAACAGGUAGUCUCUCCUGAGUGGGCUCCUGCUGGGAGGAAAGGCGGGAUAUAAAUCAAAUAAUAAAUAAAUAUUGGUUCUAGAAUAAAGUGUUGCCUGUAUGCAGCCAGAAACUGGAGCAUAUAAGUAGAGUUUAUGCCUAGGAUGCACAGCCUUAUAUAGAAUACUUGUAUACCACUUUUUAGCAAAAAUAUCUCAUAGCACAGUACGAUCCAAGUUAACGUCUCAAAGCCUGGGCAAACAGGAAUGCCUUUGCCUGGUAGGGAUGGGUGAGAAGUUUGAUUCAGUUUGCAUUUCAAGUAGAAUUUAUCAAAUUCACAAUUUCCAAAACAAUCUGAGAACCGAAACACAGCCAUCCUUUGAAAUUUUGCAUUUAGUAGAAUUCUGGGAUGCAGUUCGCCAACUAAAUACCAUUUACAAAAAUGCAUCUAUUAGGAGAAAGUGUGCAGAAAAAUGAAUACGUGAGCGAAAAGACCAUGCAAAAAAGCAUGAAAUGAUGAGAAAUGGCGUGCAAAAAUGGGUACCUUUGUCAAAACUGCCCACAAAAAUGUGUUUAUUUGGAGAAAUUUGCACUCAAAUGGUUUGAAAAAUUUCAUGAGGAUUUUUAAAAAGAUUUUUGCUGGUUGCCGCAGAAAUGUAGAGAACUGAAAUUAAUGCUGGAAGAACACUAAGAGAACCAAAACUGACAGAUCUAUCCAUCCCUAUUGCCUGUCGCCUAAAAGAUUACAAUGAUGGCACCAGGCAUGUUUCCCUGGGGAGAGCAUUCCACAAAUGGGAAUGUUUCAGAUUAGCUGCCUGAACAGGAAAGGGAAAUGGCCAUAAUGAGGAGGGGCUGUGAUUGUGAGAAUUGGUUCUCCACCACCUAAAGGGAGAGGUCACGUCCACAGCAGCGGCUGCCCCACUUCCUUAUUGCUGGGAUAGGGAGUCUGCUGCCUUCCAGAUAGCGAUGGAAGAAUCUGUCCGCAUUUGUGCCUGCAGUUUUGGCUAAUGCACACAGUGUUUUUGCAAGCAAUUUCUCCUAGUAUAAUGCCUUUUUGUAUGAUCUUUGCUCUGAUACAUUCAUUUUCAUGCGCAUUCUCCCCUAAUAUAUGGGCAUUUUUGUAAACAUUGGUUGGAAAAGUGCUGGUUUUGACCUAUAAAGCCUUAUACGGCACAGGACCACAGUAUCUGUUGGAACGCCUCUCCCGAUACGAACCUGCCCAUACACUGCGUUCUACAUCGAAGGCCCUCCUCCGAGUUCCGACCCAUAGAGAAGCUCGGAGGGUGGUAACAAGAACUAGAGCCUUCUCAGUGGUGGCCCCCGAACUGUGGAACAGUCUCCCCGAUGAGGUGUGCUUGGCGCCGACAUUGUUAUCCUUUAGGCGCCAAGUUAAAACCUUCCUCUUUUCCAAGCCUUUUUAAUCUAACUUAAUUCAGUUUUAAAAUGUAUUGUAAUUGUUUUUAGCUUUUUGUAUUUUUUGUAUUUUGUUAUAUGUUAUUAUUGGAUUUUAUUGUAUAUAUUUGUACUGCUUUGUUGUACACCACCCAGAGAGCUAUGCUAGUGGAGCGGUAUAAAAAUGCAACAAAUA